UGAGGAAGAUGAAGCCAACCAGCUCCUCCCCUCAUCGCCAGCUUCCUCUUCCCCAAGGCGGGACCCGGACCUCGACCCUGAGCCUGCAUUCGAGUCCCGGGAGAAGAUUUUGAUCUUCGACAUGGAGUCCGUCGGGCCCAUUGACCCCGACGUCGCCCCGCCCUUCUCGUGGAAGAAGCUGUGGCUGUUCACUGGCCCCGGUUUCCUCAUGAGCAUCGCGUUCCUCGACCCGGGGAACCUGGAAGGGGACCUGCAGGCGGGCGCCAUCGCGGGCUACUCGCUGCUGUGGCUCCUUAUGUGGGCUACCCUCAUGGGGCUGCUGCUGCAGAUGCUUUCGGCGAGGCUCGGGGUCGUGACGGGCCACCACCUUGCCGAGCUGUGCAGGGAGGAGUAUCCCAACUGGGCCCGCCUCGUGCUGUGGGCAAUGGCGGAGGUGACCCUCAUUGCCGCCGACAUACAGGAGGUGAUCGGGAGCGCAAUCGGCAUCUGGGUCCUCAGCCAUGGGGCGGUCCCGCUCUGGGCCGGGGUGGUGAUCACCGCUUCUGAUUGUUUCAUGUUUUUAUUCCUAGAGAACUAUGGAGUGAGAAAGUUGGAAGCCGUGUUCGCAGUCCUCAUCUCUACCAUGGCAUUAACCUUUGCUGGUAUGUUCGCGGACACAAAGCCCAGUGGAACAGAGCUGCUAACGGGUACUUCUCAUCCUCGACUGAGCUCAAAGACGAUUCGUCAAGCCGUGGGAGUUGUGGGCUGCGUCAUAACCCCACACAAUGUGUUCCUCCACUCGGCUCUUGUACAGUCCCGAGAGGUCGAUCACCAGAGCAGCCGUAUCCAGGAGGCCUUGAACUACUACAGCAUUGAGUCUUCCAUUGCCCUUGUGGUCAUGUUCACCAUCAAUCUCCUUGUCACAUCAGUCUUUGAAGGCUUCUAUGGUUCCGAGGAGGCCCAGAGCAUUGGCCUGGCGAAUGCAGGACAUUACCUUCAGAAGAAGUAUGGGGGAGGAUUCUUUCCAAUACUCUAUAUCUGGGUCGGAUUAUUAGCUGCAGGUCAGAGUAGUACGAUCACGGGCACAUAUGCAGGACAGUUUAUAAUGGGAGGGUUUCUCAAUCUCCGUAUCAAGAAGUGGCUCAGGUCGACCAUUUCAAGGAGUCUAGCAAUCGUGCCAACUAUAAUCGUUGCAGUCGUUUUCAAUACUUCUGAGGCUUCGCUGGAUAUAUUGAAUGAGUGGCUUAAUGUGCUUCAGUGUAUACAGAUCCCGUUUGCCCUCAUACCUCUUCUUACCAUGGUAUCCAAGGAACAGCUUAUGGCCUUCACGAUUGGUCCUCUUCUUCAGAGGGUGGCAUGGACUGUAGCUGCAAUACUGAUCAUGAUCAACGGAUAUCUACUGCUUGAUUUCUUCAUCUCCGAAGUGAAGGGGCUGCUUGUGGGUUUCGUGUGCGCGUUCACAACUGCCUAUGUGGCGUUCAUCGUCUAUCUGCUCCAAUACGGCAGUGUCCUCUCUUCCAAAUGGAUAAAUUCGGUAUCAUCCAAGUUCUCUCGCUCUCGAUCCUGAGUUCCAAUGCAGGAGAGGAAAACAGAUCAUCUAGACCCUCUGGUUUCUCCAGGUUACUAGCUGCUGUCGGGUAACCAGUGGCUUGGUGCUUUAUGUACAUAGGAGGCACUAGGAAGAAGAGUCGAGAUUAGCGAAUAGUUUGUAUACAUUUUCAUCGGAACUGCUUGCGAGAAGCGAAAUUCAAUUAUGAAGUUAUCCAAUCAAUGAUAGUAGCAACGUUCAUCGU